AUGCUCUCUCUUCUUCGCGCCUUCUCCUGCUACGUCUCCUCGCCCCCAUCCUCGCCCACUCCUCCGCCCAUUCCUCUGCCCAUGCCCCUGCGCCCCCGUCCUGCCUCCACUGCUGUUGCUCUCUUGCCGAGGGCGCCUACAGAAGGUGUGCCUAGUGCACUGAUGGUGAGGCGAAGUGCUGCUGGCCAUCCCACCCCAACGAACAUGACGAUGCAAACCAUCUUCGCCAGCUAG